CCGGCGCCAACCAUGGACAGACUUAAGUCCAAGGCACGCGAAGCUCGCAACAGGCUUGCCCAGGCAACGUCGUCUGCCCCGGGCACAGGCGAGCUGCCUCCUCAACACCAGUCGGUCUCGCCACAACAAACCUCCAGUACAGAUGCUGUCGACGAAGGCCAGCUCGGCCGUGAGCCAGGGACGCAUGCCCAAGACUUUGGCGCUGCCGCCGGUCAACAAACACGCCAGCCCGCCGUUGAACCUCCUACUUCGUUACAGUCGUCCAUUGACGCCGGCAGCCAUGUGCCAAAGCCCAGCAGGGUCAGCGACCCGUCGUCUCAUGUUACAUACAACACGCUUAAGGCCCAGCGAGCAAGAAGCAACUCUGCGCCUGAUAGGGGAACACCGCCGCACCAGCAAUAUCCACGGCGACCCCAAGCUGCACGCCAGGCCAGCAUUGGCAUUCGCCGCAUGCCAUCGUCCAACGCUCUGAGACCGACAGGUCAGCAGUCAAAUGCAUCCGCCAACCGGCUGAGCAUGCCGUUGCCUGCACUGAACGAAGAGCAGGAACUGGGACACAUCUCUUCCGACGGCAGUAAAUCCACCCUCACGGACCCGGAGCCUACCCAGAGUCGAUUGCGCAAAGUCAAGAGCGCCGUGCAGCUCAGGAUACCCUUCUGGGGCAAGAAGGAGGAUGAAAAACAGAAGAGGGCCAGCGCACAUGCUGCCGCAACCGAAGAAGACACCUCGACCAACUACAGCUCGGGCAUGGUCGACGUCCUCGACACGCUUGAUCCCGAAGUCUCGACACUCACGUCCUUGACAAACAUGCAGAACUCGCUCUUCAUUCCCAACCUGCCCUUCCUCAACCGCCGGCCUACGUACAACCUCCGCCGACGAAAGAGCGAGACGGAGAGUCUCGAGGAGAUCAACCGCAUACUGGCCCCAGCCUUGGCUGCUCGAGCACAGGGGCAGCAGCCUGCACCGAGCCUGCAGCGCUCGCAGACCCAGAAUACAGCAACCACCCUGAUGACGAUAGAUUCCACUCUGACCGACUCUCGCUAUGCCGUCCUCCCCGAGAACACCGACCUGUCUGGAUGGAGUGUUGCGGAUAAAAAAGAAGUCAACGACCACGUCCGCCACAUGCUUCAUUCGCGGCGGUCCAAGUUGAAGCGCUCGCUCAAGGGCUUUGGACACUACGUCCGCAGACCACUUGGUUUCCUCGUCACUCUCUAUGCCACUCUCAUAACCCUGUUCGGGCUCGCGUGGGUGCUGUUUCUGAUCGGUUGGAUCAAUGUCGGGGGACAGCAAAUUUAUGUUGUUCACAUCAUCGACAGUGUCCUCGUUGCCCUCUUCGCCAUUGUCGGAGACGGCCUCGCUCCUUUCCGCGCCGUAGAUACAUAUCACAUGAUCUACAUAGCACACUACCACCACUACACGUGGUCGCGUCGAAAGAAGGAAAUGCUCCCCGAUCUAACCGACCAUAACGACCUCCCUGCAGAACACGCCCCCGUAUCUGGACCCCGAACAACCGACCCCGCCGACCCAGAGAAGCAAUGGGAGUUUACCGUCCUGACGCCCAAGCAGCAGGAGAAGCUCGAACACCACCAGAACAAGUUUUGUAAAUCCCACUCCUUCUACAAACCCCACGAGACCGAAACCCACUACGCGUUCCCUCUCCGCUUCCUCGUCGCCAUCGUCGUGCUCCUCGACUGCCACUCGCUCCUCCAAAUCUCGCUCGGCGCAUGCACAUGGGGCAUCUACUACAAGCACCGCCCCUUUGCCAUUACCACGGUCAUUCUCUGCUGCUCCAUCACCUGCAACGCCACCGCCGGUCUGCUCAUCUGGCUCGGCGACAAGCGCACCCGCAAGAAGGACGUCCUCGAGCGCAUGAACCGGCAGGAACUCACCGAAGAAGCCAUCAAGGAAGUCCAAAAGAAGAAGGAAAAAGAAGGCGAGACUAGCGGCGAUGAAGCGGGCAGAGACAAGGAGAAGAGGAGGAGCAUGGAUAAGGCGAGGGAAGCCCAGCAGCAGCAGCAGCAGGGACAAAGUGCUUAUCCUUGAGGUGUCACGUUUGUCAUCUCAUUUGCCACGAUAUUUGUUUUUCAGCGUUCGAGCGUUUGAGAUACCUAGUUCACGUUCAUGCGACGUACGUUACAGUAUAUAUAUUCAGGGAGUGAGUUUUUAAUCUGAGGGAUGAUAUGAGUGUAAAAAUGGAUAUAUGGUAAGAGCAACCCGUCAAAUAAUUAAAAAAAAAGCACUGUUCG